ACUUGCAUAAUACGAACAGCCUGCUAAAUAUGUAAACUGAAUAUCUGUCAAGUUUUGUAAUGUUUAGUUUAAGGUUAUAAAUUUAUUUUAUACAACUUGUUUUAACAUGGUUGAAAACUCGGACUCAGACAAUGAAAUUAGUGAAGACUAUUACACAUUUCUUAACCUACCAAAAGAAGCAACAUCGGAGCAGAUUAAUUCUGCUUACCGUAGGUUAAGUAGAAUAUAUCAUCCUGAUAAACACAUUGAUCCUGAAAAAAAAAGACAUGCGGAGCUAUUAUUCAAUAGAACUAAGCGUGCUUAUGAAGUGCUUUCCGAUCCGCAUAAAAGAGCAAUAUAUGAUUCUAUUGGAGAGAAAGGCUUAAGAACAGAUGGAUGGGAAAUUGUACAUCGAACAAAAACUCCAUCCGAAAUUCGGGAAGAAUAUGAACGCUUAGCACGAGCAGCAGAAGAACAUAAAUUGCAACAGCGAACCAAUCCACGGGGAAAUGUCACUAUUGCGGUAAAUGCAACAGAAAUAUUUGCACCAUAUGAUGAAACAGAGCUUCCCCGUAUAGAAGUUUCUUCAAUGAGUAUUUCGCAGUCGAUUGAAGCUCCCAUAACACGUAAAGAUACAGUUACCUUAGGCGGAACUUUAAAUUCAUCAAAUGGCAAUGGUAGUGGAAAUUUCGUUGUGUGUGGUAGAAGAUUACUUAAUAAAGGAUGGUUACAAUUGGAUUUGGGAGUGGGCAAUGGACCUUUGUUGUGUGUUAAAGGUGGAAGAACGCUUAACUCAACGUUCUCGGUAAAUGGAGGCACCUCAUUAAACUUUCGCAGCCAGGUGACAGGUGACCAAGUGACAUCGAAACUGGUAUGGGAGUGCAUUGACAAGUUUAACAUACUUGGCUACAACAAUCAGGUGCACUUAUUAUGGAUUUCGGGACAUACUGGCAUCCAAGGCAAUGAAAUGGCAGAUAAACUUCCCAGAGGAGGCGUGGCUUCUAUUAUGAUAAUGCCAGAACUUUUCUGCGGUCCAGGCAAAGGAACUCUAUAUAUUCAUUAUUAG